AUGGGUGCAAUCGACACCAGACGAACAGCACGUGGCGCAGUGCGCUCAUGUACAAUUCAUUCUGGAAGAACUCCUCAUUGCCGGCUGGAUACAGUCGAUCAGCUGCUACUGGAGGAAGGGUCUGAGGCGGUGGAAAAAGCAGUCAGUGGGUCAGUGAUCCCCUCCGCAUCGAUCUGGAAUACCAAGUGCUGA